AUGACUUCAUACUGCACCAUACCAACCAUGCAGCAGGGACAACUUUUUUUUAGAUAUUUACCAAACCUGAAGCAUCUUGCUUUCAUACAUUUGCGUUACAAGUAUAUUAACAAAGAGAUGUCUAAAUCCAAUGAUACGCGGAGAUCACUCCAAAGCCUAAAAAGUCUACCUAUUUAUGGCGAAGAAUCAAAAUCUACGGCAGAAUUUAUUAAACUAUUGGCAAAUUAUUCCAAUCUUCAAAAGUUAGAGCUACCUAAAAGCGUGAUCAUCAACCAGCCGUAUUUAGAAUGGAAUACAGCGGAUCCAGAGUACUAUAAAAUAUCUCCUGAUUUCACGGAGCAGAGUUAUUAUAUUUUGGAUUUUAACAAGCCUAUCCAAAUAUUUGGAAACAUUUGA